AUGGCGUUCAACUCAGCCUUUCUGCUCGUGGCAGUCGCUACCUCGUUCUGUUUCCUGAACCUGCCAUUGUCUCGUUGUACCGAGUUCGAUGUUGGAGAGCUCCGCGGUUGGGCCGUUCCGCCUUCCAACGACACCGAUUUGUACGACAAUUGGGCUUCCGAGAAGAGGUUUAAGGUUGACGACACCAUAAGAUUCAAAUACAAGAAAGACUCAGUGAUGGAGGUGAAGAAAGGAGAUUACAAAGAGUGCAACUCGAGCCGGCCCAACUUCUUUUCCAACACGGGCAACACCAUCUACACUCUUAACCGGACCGGUUUUUUCUACUUCAUUAGCGGCUCGACCGGCCACUGCGAGAUGGGGCAGCGUAUGAUCGUCUGGGUUGUGGCGCAGGAUGCUUCCGGUGCAACCUCUCCUGCUCCCAUUUCAAGCGCUAUCAACGCCUUGUUUUUCAUCUCCUUUCUCAUUAGCCUAGUAUUUUUCUUUUAG